AGUUCAAAUUUAAAAAUGUGCUCUUCCCCGACUACUUUAUUUUUGCUAUUUGCUCUUGUUUCUACAAGUUAUGCUCUAUUGGGUGUUGGCCGAACACAGUCAGUUGCUGUAUCUGGAAGAGUUAUCUGUAAUGGACAACCAGCAUCUGGAGUUAAACUGAAGCUUUAUGAAAAAGAAUCAACCUUUGAUGUACUUUUGGAAGAAGCAACUUCAGAUGCCAAUGGACAAUUCCGACUAUCUGGAUCAAAAACUGAAAUUUCAACUAUUGAUCCAAAAUUGAACAUUUAUCACAAAUGCAAUUACAAUGGUCUCUGCUACAAAAAGAUUGGAAUCACUAUUCCAGAUAAUUAUGUUUCAUCUGGAAAGACUCCAAGCAAAACUUAUGAUAUUGGAACAUUGAAUUUGGCCAAUCAAUACACUGGACAAACAACGGAUUGUAUUAAUUAAAACUAGGCACUCAAGUGAUGUAUUGUAAAUAGUUGAAUAAAAUUUUGAAAUUGUA